AGACCCACUCGCCAGUCUCUGUUAGGAGCGCCAUGGAUGCCCAAGGCAGCCGAGAGUAAGCCGCUGGACACGAGCAAUAAGGGGAGGAAACAGCAGUAGACAGCGAGAGGUAGGAGAUGGGUCGGGCGAUGGCCACGGGGAAGAAGCCCAAGAAGGGCAAGCGGAAGAUCAGGGGCUCCAAGAAAGCUAAGACCAAGGGCCCCAGCAAGGAGAGAGGCAAGUCCAGGGGCACACUGGUGGCGCGCCGGCCCGACCUCCGCGGUCCUGACACGGAGUGGUGGGACGCCUUCCUCAGCAAGCAGCGCGAGUCAGGUGGUAGUGCGGCAGUGCCUUCAGACGAGGAGGAAGCAUUCAGGUACUUCUUCACGACAUCCAGGACGACCUUUGACUACAUCUGCUCGAUUGUACGGGAUGAUUUGAUAUCGAUGCCGCCGUCUGGGCUUAUAAACAUUGAGGGGAGACUGCUUAGUGUGGAGAAGCAAGUAGCAAUUGCCAUGAGGAGGCUGGCAUCUGGGGAUCCGCAGGUGAACAUUGGAGCUUCUUUUGGUGUGGGGCAGUCUACUGUUUCGCAGGUGACAUGGAGGUUUAUCGAGUCAAUGGAAGACAGGGCUCGGCAUCAUUUGGUGUGGCCGGACCAGAACAGGAUGGAGGACAUCAAAGCUAGGUUGGAGGCUGUGUCUGGUCUGCCGAAUUGUUGUGGUGCCAUUGAUGCCACACACAUUACCAUGACGCUUCCUGCUGUUGACUCAUCUGAAGACUGGUGCGACCCUGCGAAGAACUACAGUAUGUUCCUGCAAGGGGUUGUCGACGACGAGAUGAGAUUUAUUGAUAUUGUCACUGGUUGGCCCGGCGGUCUGACAGUCUCACGCCUGUUGGAAUACUCUGGGUUGUACAAGCUCUGUGAGGCUGGGAAUCGCUUGAAUGGUCCUGUCCGAGUUUCAGGGGACGAUGCAGAAAUAAGGGAAUUCAUUGUUGGUGACAUCUGUUAUCCUCUGCUCCCGUGGCUUAUGACUCCAUUCCAAGGUAAAAAUCUAUCUACCCCGAUGGUCAACUUUAAUGCCCGUCAAAAAGAUGCAAAGAUGCUUGGAACGAGAGCCUUGGCACGCCUGAAAGGCUCCUGGAGGAUCUUGGACAAAGUCAUUUGGAGGCCUGCUAAAGAUAAGUUACCGAGUAUCAUUCUUGUGUGUUGUCUGCUUCACAAUAUAAUUCUGGAUCGCAAAGAUGAACUGCUUCCGCAUAUUCAACUUCCAGACCAUCAUGAUACCGGCUAUAACAUAAAGAAAUGCAAGCAAGAGAAUCCUAUAGGCAAAGUGAUGAGAGACACCAUUGCAGGACAUCUCCCAAUCUAUGAAGCUAUUUCUUGAAACUGAAAGUAAGGUGACUCAAAGUAUGUUUGGAAAUGUAAUGAUGCAUCUCCGUUCUAGUGUUAUUUUCCUCAGUUAGCCAUAAUGUGUGUUUUCCCGUGUUGUUUUUCUAGUGUAACCAGACCUGAUGGUUACAGCAAAGAUUCUAUGAAUGCUGUGAUUCAUUCCUUAAGUAACUAGUUAAUGUUUUCCUGAUGGACAA